AUGCACUUACCCUCCAGCUCAUCUCCAAUAUCGUCAAUAAAACUGGUUCUGUCGCUCUCCGCCCUGGGGGAGCUUCAGUGGAGUGUCUAUUGCACAACCUAUGGUCCUUCCUUCGUCAACACCAUCAACCUCAUGCCUCCUUCGACGAAGUACCUAGGGAGUCAGUUGGACGCUCUGGAGACCAUAAUGAACGCGUCAGAUUGGGAUCCUGAAAUUUACACCCAGACUUGGGUUAAUUGGUCCGCGAACAUCACUAUAGGGCUUAACCUUCCCAAGAAUUUCUUUCAACCCAGGGGAUUCAUACAUUUACCUGGUGACUUACUGCACGACCCCACUGUUGUGAAUUUCACAACUGUGAAGAUAAUCGCUGACGGUAUCAACAACACAUCGACUGUCAAGACUUACUCACAACAUGUUCGACACUUGCACCCCAGCAUGGUCACAUACGAUAAUCUCGUCAAUCACCAAAAUAUCACGACCUUCAUCAACCUUUACCUACCUCAAAUCGCCGCAGCCCAGAACGCUGGGUCCAACCUGGUAGUCGGUGUUGUGGUCCGCGGACUCCUUCUUGUACUCAGCGUCGGAGCUACCCUUCUCAGCCAGUUCUCUGUCCACCUCAACACCCCAGGUUUCAGCUGGUACCCCAUUUCUUUUCCAGACAUCAUACUGCAGCUGACGGAUCUCCAGGUACAACUUCGUCUAUCCCUCCAAUUCCGCUCGGAACGGCCCCCGGCCACCCGGGCCACUCCAUCCUACCCUGGCCUUCUCCUCAUGGCUGAAGCCAUGGGUACCUCCACCAACACCACCAGGAUCACCUCGUUCCCCCUCGCUUCCCACCCCAGCCUUGCCCUCUACGCCAUCUGGGAUACUUCUGUCCGCAUUGAUGCCCCCGCCCGCAUUGCUGUCCUCAAUUUGAGCCCCGAAUCAGAUCUCAGUAUCGACCUCUCCUCCUUAGGUCUUACCGGCAUGAAGAGACUUCAUUCCCCGACGAACGAUAACCAAGAUUCUAACACUGUCAUUUGGGCGGGGCAAGGCUACACGAAUGGCACGGCGAAUGGCAAGGUCGUCGUCGAGAAGCCGCUUAGCGAUGGAAGCGUCGCGAUAGGAUCAUAUGAGGAGGUGUUGGUGUUUCUUGGUGGAUCUGUCAACGGGACCGUCAAUGCGACACCUAUUGGUAACUCUUCGUCUUCUACGUCUACCUCAGUGAAGAGCAUUGGUACUCGGUUCGGAGGGCGGUCGUGGUACGCGAUCACGUCUUGGUGUUCCUUGUUGGGUUUUGCGUUGUUUGUGCUUUGGGGGUGUUGA